AUGAUGCUACUUCUGCCAUUCCUGCUCGGGCUCUUAGGGCCAGGAAGCUACUUGUUCAUUUCGGGGGAUUGUCAGGAGAUGGCCACUGUCACAGUGAAGUUCCAAGUGACAGAGGAAGUGCCGUCUGGCACAGUGAUAGGGAAACUGUCCCAAGAACCAGGAGUGGAGAAGAGGCGUGGGAAGGUAGGGGAUGCCUUCCAGAUUCUGCAGCUGCCUCAGGCACUGCCGAUUCGGAUGAACUCUGAGGACGGCCUGCUUAGCACUUCCGGCCGGCUGGAUCGGGAGAAGCUAUGUCGGCAGCAAGAUCCCUGCCUGGUGUCCUUUGAUGUGCUUGCCACAGGGGCUUCUGCUCUAAUUCAUGUGGAAAUUCAGGUGCUGGACAUCAAUGAUCACCAGCCACAGUUUCCCAAAGAUGAGCAGGAGUUGGAAAUCUCUGAGAGUGCCUCCCUGUACACACGAAUCCCCUUGGACAGGGCUCUUGAUCAAGACACCGGUCCUAACAGUUUAUAUUCCUACUCCCUGUCUGCCAGUGAACACUUUGCCCUGGAUGUUAUUGUGGGCCCUGAUGAGACCAAACAUGCAGAGCUUGUGGUGGUGAAGGAGUUGGACAGGGAAGUCCACUCAUAUUUUGAUCUGGUGCUGACUGCCUAUGACAAUGGGAAUCCCCCUAAGUCAGGUACCAGUGUGGUCAAGGUCAGUGUCCUGGAUUCCAAUGACAAUAGUCCAGUGUUUGCUGAGAGUUCACUAGCACUAGAAAUCCCAGAAGACACUGCUCCUGGUACUCUUCUCAUAAACCUGACUGCUACGGAUCCAGACCAAGGACCCAAUGGGGAGGUAGAGUUCUUCUUUGGCAAGCAUGUGUCCCCAGAGGUGAUGAAUACCUUUGGUGUAGAUGCCAAGACAGGCCAGAUCAUUCUGCGCCAACCCCUAGAUUACGAGAAGAACCCUGCCUAUGAGGUGGAUGUCCAAGCAAGGGACUUGGGUCCCAAUUCCAUCCCAGGUCAUUGCAAAGUUGUCAUCAAAGUUCUGGAUGUCAAUGACAAUGCCCCAAGCAUCCAUAUCACAUGGGCCUCCCAGACGUCCCUGGUGUCAGAAGAUCUUCCCAGGGACAGUUUCAUUGCUCUUGUCAGUGCAAAUGACUUGGACUCGGGACACAAUGGUCUAGUCUACUGUUGGCUGAACCAAGAGCUGGGCCAUUUCAGACUGAAAAGGACUAACGGCAACAUGUACAUGCUGCUCACCAAUGCCACACUGGACAGAGAACAGUGGCCCAUAUACACUCUCACCGUGUUUGCUCAAGACCAAGGACCCCAGCCCUUAUCAGCUAAGAAGGAGCUCCAAAUCCAGGUCAGUGAUGUCAAUGACAAUGCCCCUGUGUUUGAGAAGAGCCAGUAUGAGGUCUCCACUUGGGAAAACAACCCACCCUCUCUUCACCUUAUCACGCUCAAAGCUCAUGAUGCUGACUUGGGCAGUAAUGGAAAAGUGUCAUACCGUAUCAAGGACUCCCCCGUUUCUCACUUAGUCGUUAUUGACUUUGAAACAGGAGAAGUCACUGCUCAGAGGUCACUGGACUAUGAACAGAUGGCAGGCUUCGAGUUCCAGGUGAUAGCAGAGGACAGAGGGCAACCCCAGCUCACAUCCAGCAUCUCGGUGUGGGUUAGCCUUUUGGAUGCCAAUGAUAAUGCCCCAGAAGUGAUUCAGCCUGCGCUCAGCGAAGGCAGAGCCACCCUUUCGGUGCUUGUGAAUGCCUCCACGGGCCACCUUCUGUUGCCCAUUGAGAAUCCCAGUGGCAUGGAUCCAGUAGGUACUAGUACAUCACCAAAGGCUACCCACAGCCCCUGGUCUUUUCUUUUGGUGACAAUCGUGGCAAGGGAUGCAGACUCGGGGGCCAAUGGGGAACUCCUCUACAGCAUUCAAAGUGGGAAUGAUGCUCAUCUUUUUGUCCUUAGCCCGUCCUUGGGGCAGCUAUUCAUUAAUGUCACCAAUGCCAGCAGCCUCAUCGGGAGUCAGUGGGACCUGGGGAUAGUGGUAGAGGACCAGGGCAGCCCCUCCUUGCAGACCCAAAUGUCAUUGAAGGUCGUGUUUGUCACCAGUGUGGACCACCUAAGGGACUCUGUUCAUGAGCCCGGAGUUCUGAACACACCAACGCUGGCUUUGAUCUGCCUGGCUGCAUUGCUAGCCAUCUUUGGAUUGAUCUUGGCUUUGUUCGUGUCCAUCUGCUGGACAGAGAAAAAGGAUAAUGGGGCCUACAACUGUCGAGAAGCUGAGUCAACAUACCGCCAUCAGCCCAGGAGGCCCCAGAAACACAUUCAGAAGGCAGAUAUCCACCUGGUGCCUAUGCUUAGGGCCCAGGAGGAUGAGACUGACAAAGUUAGGUCAUCUCACAAGGAUACCAAUAAGGAGACAUUGAUGGAGGCUGGCUGGGAUUCCUGCCUGCAGGCCCCCUUCCACCUCACACCAACGCUAUACAGGACCCUGCGUAACCAAGGCAACCAGGGAGCACUGGCUGAGAGCCAGGAGGUACUGCAGGACACCUUCAACUUUCUCUUCAACCAUCCCAGGCAGAGGAAUGCCUCUCGGGAGAACCUAAACCUUCCUGAGUCCCCACCUGCCUUACGCCAGCCACUCUUAAGGCCUCUGAAGGUGCCUGGCAGCCCCAUAUCGAGGGUGACUGGUGACCAAGGCAGUGAGGAGGCCCCACAGAGCCCACCAGCAUCCUCUGCAACCCUAAGACGACAGCGGAAUCUCAAUGGCAAAGUGUCUCCUAGAGGAGAGUCCGGUCCUCAUCAGAUUCUGAGGAGCCUGGUUCGGCUCUCUGUGGCUGCUUUUGCGGAACGGAACUCUGUGGAGGAGCCUGCUGGGGAUUCUCCUCCUGUCCAGCAAAUCUCCCAGCUGCUGUCCUUGCUGCAUCAGGGCCAAUUCCAGCCCAAACCAAACCACCGAGGAAAUAAAUAUUCGGCCAAGCCCGGCAGCAGCAGGGGUACCAUUUCAGACACAGAUGGCCUAGGUGUCAGGCCUGGUGGCCAAGCAGAACCUGACCUGGAAGAAGGGCCCCCGAGCCCAGGGGAGGACCUUUCUGUAAAGCGACUUCUAGAAGAAGAGCUGUCAAACCUGCUGGACCCUAAUACAGGUCUAGCCCUGGACAAGCUGAGUCCCCCUGACCCAGCCUGGGUGGCGAGACUGUCAUUGCCCCUCACUACCAAUUACCGAGACAAUUUGUCUUCCCCUGAUGUUGCAGCGUCAGAGGAACCGAGAACCUUCCAGACAUUCGGCAAGACAGUCGGACCAGGGCCUGAGCUAAGCCCAACAGGCACGCGCCUGGCCAGCACUUUCGUCUCAGAGAUGAGCUCACUGCUGGAGAUGUUGUUGGAGCAGCACACUGUGCCUGUGGAAGCUGCGACCGCAGCUUUGCGGAGGCUCUCGGUGUGCGGGAGGACCCUCAGUCUGGACCUAGCCACCAGUGGGGGUUCGGGCUCAGAAGCACAGCUGGGUAGGAAGAAAGCAGCUGAGAGCAGACUUGGCUGUGGCAGGAAUCUAUGA